GUUUAAGGAAAUUCUUUUGUUUUUUUGAUAUUCGCGGUUUGGUUCAUCAUGAAUUCGUUCCAACGGGAUAGACGGUCAAUAAAGUGCGUUUUGAGUCGUUCGCGCAAAAAAAUCUGUCGUGAAACUCGUUUCGACUCGAUUGAGGCCGUAAAAGAAAACUCGCAGAGGGAGCUGAGGUCGACUCGAGAAUGGCAAGACCGAUUUGUCUGAUUAUAAUUUUGAUAUAUGUAUGAAUAUGAGGAAGAUCGGAUAAAAUUGAAAAUAUUAUGAACAGCCGGGAAAUAGACCAGGCACCGGCCUACAUAUUUCAGAAACUUGUAUUUGCUCUUCGAUUUACUCGAAAAAAAGGAAAAAAUAUUAUAUUUGAACAUUUAUGUUUUGAUGGAGAUUUCUCGAAAUAAUCUCAGGUAACAAGCUCAAGUGCAACCGGGAUACGGCAGAAAGAUCGUGGAAGACUAUAACUGCACUUUACGCUUGCAAAAGAAUGAUAGAAAAAAUAUGCGGUCUGAAACCGAAUCUUGCCUACUACAUUUAUACAGCGAUAUUUAGACUAAUCCCAUUCUACGAUGACGCUGUAUGCUGGCCGACAGAGGCUAUCCUCGUAACAGAGGUACUGCCGUCGACUCCCUCGAAAGUACUGAACACUCUAAUCAACUUCCUACUUCUGGACCUGUAGAGCAAAUUACAAAUGACAACACAAUCAAAAUCAAUGCAAAUCAAUCUUGAGGAAAUUGCAGUAUAGGGAAAGCUAAAAACUUUUUUCUUGCAUCUCACCGAAGAAGCUGGAUUACACUACUUACGUUUUAAGAUGCGUUGUGGAUAAAUUAUUGUACAUAUAUAUGUAUGUAUGUAUGUAUGUAUGUGCAUAGAAGAAACUCCAAGUGAAGGCAACACAGAAGCGAACACUCGAUAACAUCGAGUAGAAUAGCUGACACACUUUGGAGAUGGCAUAACAACAACAAAAGUGUGUGGAGUUAGAACAACAGCACCAAUUAACAAUGUAUGGCAACACUUCUGCCGGCUGUUUUGUUUCGACACUUCAAUUAAUAAACAGCUGAUAAAUAAAAGACGUGCAUAGAAUUUUGUUUUGUAAAUUUUGUCGGAAUUUAUUAAAUGAACGUAGAUAAAAGUGUAAUAAAUACAACAAAUAAAAAAAUGGAUGAUCCUUUGCGCCCUAAAGCGGUGCCGCUUGCUGCAGAAACAGUGCUUUGGUUUGAAUUUCUACUGGAUCCCCAAUUGAUUACCAAGCACUUGCAGAAAUCUAAUCCGGAUCCGAGUGCUUUAGAGUUAAUGUCACAAUUCAUUACCGUUACACCCGAUGUUAUAGUUUUAAGUUCACCGGAGCCUGAAAACAUGCCUGGUGGUAUGCCGGUGACACCAGGCGCAGGCGUAACUACUGCACCAACAUUGGUUAACAACUCGGAGGGUCUACGUUUGCCGCGUAAACAAAUUGCAUUAAAGAUUUUAGCGCUUAAAGUGGCUACAUGGUUGAAAUGGAAUUUGGAUGUUUUGGAAAAGAGUUUACCCAUAUCUAAACAAUUAUUUUUGCUGCGUGAUUUGUGUACAAUAUGCUUUGGUAAAUUAGUUAGUAUACCUUUGCUGCAGGAUUUCCAGCCGAAAAUCACACCUGAUGGCCAUGAGCAUGCUGCACGUUUUGCUCUAACUUUUUAUCACCGUUGGGUCUUGCGUUUACAAAUUUUAAAAGAUAUUGCUAUGAAAGCAGCGCGACCGUCCAUAGCUAAUAUGUUUGUGCCCAUGGAACCCAUGCACCAGUUUUUCGCACCUGAAAUACCACCACAAAACAGCGUAGAAUAUCUGCAGGAACUUUGCAAAUCCACAGAACCUUUUUAUGUCUUCACUUACGACACAUUUGUAACGCUGCAUGCCGAUACUGAGACAAUGAGACAAAACUUUGAACAUAUGCAAAAGAUUUCUUUGGCUGAAUUACGUGCACAGAUUUACUUUGAUUUGGUGAAUUUCUAUUUGUAUACAAAACAAUAUAGACUAGCACGUGAGGCUGUCAAUGAAUGUCGACGAAAUUUAAAAGAAAUGAAAGCAGACUAUAAAACAGAAUCGGCUAAGCACUCAACUGUUGCUGGCUAUCUCUUCUGUCAUGUUAAUGACGAUGAAUUGGAAGGCUAUCUAUUGGCAUGUGGCUGCAGUGAACAGCGUACAACGUUAACCGAACGUUUUAAUGCUUCGUCAUUGAAGCAGUACAGAGACAUUACUGAAAUACUGAAAGAAGAUAAUCAUAUACGUGAAAUACCGCUAGUUAGUCGUCGUAUACUCGAACUGGACAUUGAGGGCGCCAUUUCGCAGGGUUCGCUAAAAGAAGCACGAGUACUCGAAAUGCAAGUGGCUGCAUUGAAUGUGGUGCGCAGCAUUUUUGAAGAUGGCAACAUAUUUACAAGUGUUGAUUAUUUUGAAAAAUAUAAACAUAUGAAUUGUUAUGUAGCUAUAAUGGAGGCCAUCAACAAUGUGCUGCCGCACUGCACGCUUAGCGAACGAAAUACAAUUAAAAAUUUCCUUAUAGACAGUAUUUUGAAACAAAAUAAUGGCAAACAAUUUCUACAACAUUUGCAACACUUGCAAAUUUUCACACCAACAGAAUUGCAGGAUUUGGAAAGGCAAACAGCCGAAGAGGAAUUAAUUGUGCCGCCACUAGCUACACUUAACGAAUGGAAGUUCAGUUCGAAGAUCAUGCGUAUUGAGGUCGGCUCACUGGAGCGUCAUUUGAUUUCCUGCACAAAUGCGAAUACCGUACGUAAAUUAUUGGUAAAAUUGGCGGCGACCAAUCCAACUAAGCCGCUUUGGACAGUGAAUCCCAGCUGGGAGAUUGCCACACCUAUCAAAUCGUUGCUCAUGUCUAUGCAACGUGGUUUCUUGCAAGAUUUCGCUUAUGUCUUACUAGGCAAAGCGCGUGAAAUGACCGCGAAGGGUGACUACGUUGGCGCAGUAUCCAUGCUCAGCGUGCUGAAAUCGGAAACGCAACGACAGGAGCUUUCCAACACCAUAAUGGUUUCAAAACUUGGCAAGCUGGUCAACUGGGAAAUACUGCUCAUACAAAUCACACAAUGCUUAGAGGAAUGGAAUUGUAAAACUUUAGAUCUGCAAUCGCUGGCGAACCGUUGCAAAUUGUGUUUGGUAUCACUACAAAGCACCGACAAUAUAAUACCACGCAUUGAGAUAGUGGAAAGCUGCGCUCUAAUGCUACUCAACCUGGGCGAUUGGAGUUCGAUAAUGUUCUUGGAUAAACGUGUGCCACAACUCGAGCUGCCGAUUGCCUUCGCCGCCACUGUGCUAGAUAUGGAGAAAAUGAAGGGUUCAAAGAAGGUGUGUCGUGAUGCUUUCGAUUUGGUUUUGCAAAUGUUUGUGAAUACCACGAAACGUAGUGGCGGAGCUGGCGGUGGCCCGGGUGGUAAUAAUUCGCGUAAUUCACCUUCACUCGCCGUCUCGACCGGUCUACAACCGUUUUUAAAACGUAUACGUCAUCAACUCAUCUUCUCGCUGGCCAUAUCGUGUCUUGGCAAAAUACAAAACAUACUUCGUGAUGAUACAAAUCAUGAUUUGUGUGGUGAAUAUAUGCACUUGUGGCCAGCGGGCAUACCAAGCAGCCCCUUGGCCUAUAGCGUGCGUGUAGUUUGCGAAACGUUGCAUUGGCUGUUGACCGAAGCUCUGAAAUACUAUCCACAAACUAUUACAUGGUUGAAAAUGAAGGGUGAUUUGGAAUUGGCAAUUGGUAAUAACGAGGCCGCCAUGCGUUGUUACGUGAAUGCGCUUAUCACUGGCACCGAUUACUGUACAUUUCCAUUGCAGCGCAAUGUUGCUGAUGAUUAUGUUAUACAUAAAAUGAUACGUUGCUCAUCCAAUUUGGGUUGUCACAUGCAGGCCACUGUGUUGUGUCAGUUCCUAGAAGAAAUCGAUUAUGGAAUUGUUUUCAAAAAACUUACAGAAAAAUCGUCAAAUUUUACGGAUGCAAUGGAUGCGUAUUACAAUUGCAUUUGGGAUACUACAUUAUUGGAAUUCAUAAUAAAUUUACAUGCCCGAAAGGGCGAGCAUAGCAGAAAAUUGGAAGCGAUUGCUAUUAUGGGCUCCCUCGAAUUGAAUGCGAAUAACAAUGAUGAGAUAAAACGUGAAGCUGCUGCAAUACGUAAAACACGCUUCUUACGCGCACUAGCCAAACAAUAUUUGUUGUGAAAGAAACGCAUACACAAAAUUUUUUAUGUUUAAUUUUUCGACUGUGUAUUUUCCCAAACAAAUGUAACAUUA